AUGCACAUCGUCAUCUUAUCAGGUUCUCAGUCGAAGCCCUUCCUCUCUGGUAUGGGUAAUCUAUGGGAGAAUAUCUCGUCAGCUUCUAUUCCCAUGGUUAGCGUUAUGCCUUACCAAUAUCCACCACUGCCGCCUGUCGACAUUGAGACGGGUAUGUCGCCUCAAGGCUUUAUGCUUUGCACCGUUCCUUCCCAACAGCUUUCUUCUUUGAGCAUGUUUGAUAUUCGUGAUCCUCGGUCACCAAAUCAAGGGCAUGAUCUGAGUAUAAAAGGGGCAUUCUCAGCACCAACCGGUGAUCCUUUACAUCCUGGGGAAACAGAUGAGCAAUCACAACAAAUGGGGACGAAAAAGAGGAGCAAAUUAGGCUAUCAUCGUAUUUCAGUGGCCUGUGGUCACUGCCGGCGCCGAAAAAUCAGAUGCAUCACGUCAUCCUCUGAUGUGCAAGGUCGUUGCAUUAACUGUAUUCGCUUGAGGAAGGAGUGCAGUUGUUUCCCGGUAGACCAAACAUCUACCUACGACUCACGAGCAAAGAAAACGUCAAGAUCUUCUACUGAAGUAAAAGGAAACUCAGCUACAACUAUUAGCAAUCCAGUAAAGCAACCAAGGAAACUGAGGCCACCAUUUAGCCCAUCAACCAAAAACGCAACAUCUAUUGCAGUUCCCACAGCCAUUGAAGUCACUAGGACAGAAGGGUUCCCGCCUGAAAUGAGAGCUUCGUAUGCAUCUCCCACGAAUCAGAAGCCUUUUGGAAUAAGAAACCAGGAUCUCUCCAACUGGAUGCUUGCAGAUGCUGACCAAAGCCCAACUUCGAACACAGGAGAACUGAACCCAACGUGGCAAACGUAUCCUUCGGAAUCACCCAUGAGCACACAAUUUUCACCCUUCGCGUCUGUACCGCUGUCGUCGGUUGGAUGGACAUCUGGAAGCUCGAAACCCACAUCUCAUGGGGACGUUGAUCUUGCUUGGGGUCCCUACGCGCAUCCGGUACGAUCCAUGCUGUAUGGAGGGGAGCCCUUAGCCAGUUAUCAUCCCUCUCAAUAUCCUCUGAUGGCUUCCAGUCGGCAAUUUGAGCGGAGGCCAUCUGCAUUGUCUGAUGUUUAUAUUACAUCUAUGAGUGGUGUAAUUCCUGGAUUUGAAGCUUGCACUAGCUCCAAUAUGAACCCAACCGUUCCUCUUUCAGCUGGAGCAGUGACUCCAGCAAACCAUCCAGCGUGGGACCAAUCACAACCACUUCCAGGCUACACUUUUACAAAGAACCAAGACGCUUAUGCUGGUGGCUGGCCGUCUGGACGCAAUGGGCGAGUUCACCCAUUACAGGUAGCCGGCCCCAGCCAGACCCAGUCAGCAAUUCAGUAA